AUGCAGGCUGGCAAGAUCGUACAGCGGCCGUCUGGCAACGGAACACCCAUCUUGCAGCCCGUGACACCUGUAGACAAGCCCUCGGAAGGAUCUCCUCACAGCAUUCUCGCCUCUGCGGCAGCAGCUGUUUCACUAGACCACGCACAGAGCUCGUCAUCCUCAACUUCCGCAGCGUCGAAAGGAAAACCUGCUACAUCAAAUCCGACCGCAUCGACUCGCUCAAAGACCAUCGUCCUCACCGAUGCAGGCCGUGCGCCGUGGUACAAUUCAGUCGGCGAACCCGUCCCUGCCUACGUCGUUGGCAUCGCAGGUGGAUCCGCCAGUGGAAAGACCUCGGUAGCAAGAGAGAUCCUCAAGAAGCUGCCCAAUGUGCCUUGGGUCGCCAUCGUCAGUCAAGAUGCGUAUUACAAGUCGCUAACCCCUGAGCAACACAAGCUCGCCCACCAGGAACAGUAUGAUUUCGAUCACCCGGACGCUUUCGACUACGACAUCCUCAAGCAGUGCAUCAAGGAUUUGCGAGGCGGCAAGUCGGUCGAGAUCCCCGUUUACAGCUUCGUACAGCACCAGAGGACUUCAGAGACAAACUACCUCUAUGGCCCAGCAGUGCUGAUCGUGGAAGGCAUCUUUGUGCUUCACGAUCCCGAGAUUCGCGAGCUGCUCGAUCUCAAGGUGUAUGUUCAAGCCGACUCCGACUUGAUGCUGGCGAGAAGGAUCAAAAGGGACAUUGUCGAGAGGGGCCGAUCCGUCAACUCAGUUCUGGAUCAGUAUCUGCGCUACGUCAAACCUGCUUUCGACACUUUUGUCUCGGCUACUGCAAGGCAUGCAGACAUGAUCGUGCCCGGCUCGCACAACGAGGUCGCCAUCGAGGUCAUCAGUCAGCACAUGGAGAAGCAGCUCCGCAAUCGAUCGAGAAAGCUGCGUGCAGAGUUCUACAAGACGCCGGCGACACAGAUUGCCACUUCAGCCGCCAAAGACGCGCAUGUGGCUCCGAUGAGCCCAUACGAGGGCCUCGGCUCGCCCAACGAACGUCGAACGAGCUUUGCCAAUAUCAAGCCAAGCCUCAAACGCGAUCAGUCGUUCGGCUUGUCAGCGCCAUACUCUACCUCCAGCACAUCUGCAGCUGACGAAGCAGGACUGCCACCGAACGUCAUCCUCCUCGCUCAGACACCACAACUGCAAAGCUUGCUCACUAUCCUCCACGACCGAUCCACGCCCACGUCGGAAUUCACAUUCGCCUGCAAGCGGGUCGGCACGCUCGUCGUUGAGCUCGCCACCACACUGCUGCCCUACAAGGAGAAGGAAGUCACUAUUCACGGCGGACGCAAACACAUCGGCCACGAAAUCAACGUCUCCACCCUGUGCUCUGUCUCGAUCCUUCGCUCGGGUGCCGUACUCGAACCCUCGCUGCGCCGCGCCUUCCCAGCCAUGUCGCUCGGCAGCCUUCUCAUCCAGUCGAACGAGGAAGACGGCGAGCCCCAUCUCUACGACGUUUCUCUGCCGUCUUUCAUUCGUCGCCGCGAAACAGCCGAAAAGUCAUGGGUCUUCUUGCUAGAUGCUCAGAUCGGAACGGGCGCUGCGGCAUUCAUGGCCAUUCGCGUGCUUCUGGACCACUCGGUCCCGGAGGACCAAAUCAUCUUUGUCACCCUUCUGGCAAGCUCGCAGGGUGGCAUUCAUGCCCUGAACCGUGCUUUCCCGCGUGUUCGAAUCGUCGUGGCGGGCGUCGAUCCGGGGCUGCAGAAGCUGCGGAUUCCUUGGCAGACAGCAACUUCCAGCGGCGCAUCUGCAAACAAGCAAGAUCGAGACGUGUCCUCAGAGUCAUUGCACAACGCUGCAGUGGACGAAGAUGACCUCUCCCCAGGAUUCAAUCGGAAUGACAACCUGCACAUGCUGGCUUCGCCUCCGCUGCUCAGCAUCGAUCGUCGGUUCGUAAGCAAUGACGAGGCCAAGCAACGUUCGCAGGCUCAAAGGCAGGGCAGCGUGGGCCAAUCGCCUGCGAAGGGCAGCCGCGUCGUGUUUGCCAUCACGCCGGGCUGCGGCUCCAUUGGCGACCGCUUCUGGGGCACCGGAUCGCGUUGA